AUGGAGAUGGGUGUCCUCUGGUGCCUGGGCCUCGACUGCCGCCUUGCUUCCUCCAUCUUGUGGGCGCCAAGCUCUGUCCCGGCCGACAUGCAGCUACGAUGGACCAUCUCUUUCGGUUCUUGCUCUUCAAUCUGUCUGACCAACAAUGAGUACCCCAUGUACGACCUCUUCGUCUCCUCGUCUCCUCCUUCAACGCCCUUGACGACGCGUUCCUCGGGUCAGAAACGGCCUGCCAACGAUUCACGGAUGCGAUUAGACACAUGGCUAUCCUGGCACCGUUGGCGGGCGGAGUGGCGGGAGCGGACACCAAGCAAGGCAACCCAUGGCUCCGCAAACUCAAUUCGUUGCUUCCAUCUCACGCACAUCAACUCCGAACGAAUCAAGGACUUGCGAGGGUUAUGCGAAUGCGGCGGCACCAACACUCCUGCGAGGGGAUGGAGGAGUCAUCUUGGAGUGCCUUUAGCCAUAGGAUCCGUGUCCUUGCGAUCAAAAUCCCCCACGACCUCAGGCAUCCUGGACGAGUAUGCUCGAUUCACGAAGACAGGACGCAAUGACGAGGAGCAUCGCAGGCCUGCGAUUUUGGACGAGUCCCGGCCUGCCACGUCAAGCAGCGUCUGCUGUGCCAUCCAGAAAAUCUAA